AUGGUUCUGUCGGCGGCACUGGCGCUCGAUAUCCUCUACCUGCGACCCGGGGCCCUGUCAAUGGGACAACAGGGGCUCGCGGUCUUGCUAUUACUUCUGGGCUGGUUCGUACAGACGUCCUUGGGGGGGACGCAUCGGUAUUAUGCGGGGAUGAUACGGAACGGAUGCUCGCUCCCGCCGACCUUCCCAAACGACCCUUUCGGAGUGCGCUUCCUCCUGAAAGCGGCGCAGCACAUCAAGUCGAACACGCUGCUCGCGGCCUGGAACGAUCUCUUCCGCACGCUAGGGCACACCUUGAAGCAUCGCGUAUUCCCUGGCCCGGGAGACACGAUUAUGACGGAUGAGCCCGACAACGUGCGCGCCGUGCUCGUUACUCGCUUCGACGACUGGGAUCUUCCUGACCUACGUAUGAAAGCCUUUCUCCCUGUCCUUGGCCAUUACUCCAUCUUUACCUCUAAUGGGGAUGCCUGGAGGCGGGCAAGAAGUGCAUUGCGCCCCGCGUUUGUCCGCGAUCAAGUUGCUGAUCUCCGGUGCCUUGAUCGCCACGUCGCCAAACUUAUCGCGGCCAUUCCGCGGGAUGGCAGUCCCAUUGACUUACAAGCUAUGUUUUCCAUGCUAACUACCGACACUAUAUCCGAUUUUAUGUUUGGACGGUCGACCGACAUCCUCGGCAACGCGCCCGAGGAUGGCCUACGGUUUGGUCGCUGUUUCGAUGUGUGCAUGCAAAAGGUUGCCAACCGGGCUAGGCUUGGCUGGAUAUCAAUGCUUUUUCGCGAUCGCGAGAUGGACGAAUGUGCGGCUUUUAUGAAUGCAUACGUGGAAAAGUAUGUCGCAGAAGUAAAGGCCGAGCAAGGCGAGAAAAGCGAAGAAGAGAGAGAAAGCAAGAGAUACAUGUUCCUGAACGAAUUGCUUCGAACCGGCGAGCCGGAUGAAGUCAUUCGCGAUCAUCUCCUGAGCAUAUUUACAGCCGGGCGAGACACUACGACGAGUGUACUGUCAUACCUCUUCUUCGAACUUUCCCGAAGACCGAAUGUAGUCGCGGCUAUCCGGCGUGAGAUUGAAGAACUGAACUUGGAAAACGAAAGAGACCUUCCAGCCUGGGAAAGUCUGAGAUCCAUGAAAUAUCUGAACUGGGCCAUUAAAGAAGCGUUGCGACUCAACCCGCCUGUAGCGACCAAUUCCCGCGAAGCCGUGCGCGACACCAUUCUACCUACUGGUGGCGGACCAAACGGAAAGUCACCCAUCUUUGUAGCCAAGGGUACGAUACUCAGGUACAUACCUUGGGCAUUGCACCGGCGUAAGGACAUCUAUGGCGACGAUGCCGAUGAGUUUCGUCCCGAACGCUGGGAGAUCUUAAGAACUACUUUCGAAUAUGUCCCUUUUAAUGCUGGGCCACGCAUCUGUAUUGGCCAACAAUUCGCCCUUGCGCAGCUAGCCUUGGUCACAUUUCGACUCCUACAAGCCUUCGAGAAGAUUGAGCGAAAGGAUGACAGGCCACUUAUCCAAAAGUUCGGCGUCAAUACUUCGCUGCUGCACGGAUGUUGGGUUAGCAUGACGUCUGCGUGA